AUGGGGGGCUCACCGCCAGCUAACAUAUACGGAUUCAUCCGGGGGCCUCUUGCUGCUGCUCUUCUUCUCGUUGCUGUCGCUCAGCAGCAGCAACAUGCAGUGGCAGGCCCGGCGGGAGCCCUCUUGGGUUCUCUGCAAGCAGGUCCUCUCUUUCUCCGUUCCCCCCCCCCGCAGCAGCAGCAGCAGCAGCAGCAGCAGCAGCAGCAGGAGCAGAGUGAAGCAGCAGCUGCUGCUUUGACCAGACCAGGAGCAGCAGGAAGAUCCCUAAAGCUGCCGCUGCUGCAGUCUGUCUUCGGCAGCAGCAGCAGCAGCAGCAGCAGCAGCAGCAGCAAAACUCCUCUGGGGUUUAUCGUUGGUGCUAUAGAUGCAGCAGACACAGCUAGAAAGACAGAGAAACCACCGCCAUUCCUGACCGGGUUUGCUGCUGCUGAGACACCGCUGCUGCAGCUGCCGCAGCAGCAGCAGCAGCAGCAGCAGCAGCAGGAGACGGAGCAGCUAGACCCCCAUCAGCAGCAGCUCCUGGAGCAGCUGCUGCUAAGACCUGCUGCAGAUGAAAUGCCUAUGCAGCAGCCUGCUGCAGCAGCAACAACAGCAGCAGCAACAACUGCAGCAGCACCGAAUGCAGCAGCAGCAACUGCAGCAGCAGCACCGAAUGCAGCAGCAGCAACUGCUGCCACCCCACUUUUCUUUGGGCCUCCACUGCAGCAGGUACAGCAGGUAGACGCACACCAGCAGCAGCAGCAGCAGCAGCAGCAGCUGCAGCAGCAACAAGAGCAGCAGCAGCCACAGCAGCAGCCGCUGCAGGUGCACCAGCUCUGGCAGCAGCUGCCUCCACUUCAGCUGCAACUGCCGCAGCUGCAGCAGCAGCAGCAGCUGCAGCAGCAGGAAGAACCGCAGCAGCAGCAGGAAGAACAGCAGCAGCAACCGCAAGAGGAGCAGCCAGAGAUAUCUAAUUUAGCUGCAGAUGCUGCUGCUGCACCUGCUGCAGCAGCAACAGCAGCAACAGCAGCAACUCUGCUACCAGCAUAUCCCCAGCCCCAGCAGCAGCAGGAGCAGCAAGAAUACCUGCAGCAACAGCAGCAGGAGCAGCAAGAGCAGCAGCAGGAGCAGCAGCAAGGACAGCAGGAGCAGCAGGAGCAGCAAGAGCAGCAGCAGCAAGAAGAGCAGCAGCAAUCUGAGCAGCAAAUGCAAGUAGAGAUGCAGCAGCAGCAGCAAGAAGAGCAGCAGCAGCAGCUAGAACAGCAGCUAGAGCAGCAGCAGCAAGGAGAGCAGCAGCUCGAGCAGCAGCAGCAGCAGCAGCAGCAGCAAGAUCAGCAGCUGCAGCAGCAGCAGCAGAUAGAGCAGCAGAUAGAGCAGCAGCUGCAGCAGCAGCAGCAGCUGGAGCAGCAGCUGCAGCAGGCACAAGAGGAAGCCCCCAUGCAGCAGGAUCUGCUGCUGCAGGCCUUACCCGAGAUACCGCUGGAGCAGCUGCAGCAGCAGCAGCAGCAGCAGCAGCAGCAGCAGCAGCAGCAAGAGGAGCAGCAAGACGACAACCACAAGCACGAGGACCCACAGCAGCAAGACACGCAGCAGCAAGAGCUGCAGCAGCAGCAGCUGCAGCAAGAUGCAUUGCCGCUGCAGCAGCAGCCUCUAGAACAGCAGCAGCAGCAGCAACUGUUGCUGCCGACCCAUGAUACAUUACAGCUGCAGCAGCAACAGCUGCAGCAGCAACAGCAGCCAGACGAGCAGCAGCAAGCAACAACUGAACUGCUGCAGGAGCAACCGCAGCAGCAGCAACUGCAGCAACCAGAGCAGCAGCAGCAGCAGCAGCCGCUGCAGGAGCAGUCUGUGCAGCAGCAAACUCUGCUGCAGCAACAGCAGCAACCGCAGCAGCAGCAACUGCAGCAACCCGAGCAGCAGCAGCAGCAGCAGCAGCAGCAGCCGCUGCAGGAGCAGUCUGUGCAGCAGCAAACUCUGCUGCAGCAACAGCUGCAGCAAGAACAAGAUCUAUCGCAGCAGCUGCAGGAGCAAGUGGUGCAGCAGCAGCAGCUGCAGCAGCAGCAGCUGCUGCAGCAGCAGCUGCUGCAGCAGGAACAACCUCUACAGCAGCAGCCUCAACAGGAGCAAGCCUUUGCACUGCAGCCCCUGCAGCAGCAAACGCAACAACUGCAGCAGCAGCUGCUGCAGCAGCAACCACUGCAGCAGCAGCAGCUGCAGCAGCAACCGCAGUACCCGACAGAAGCAGAAUUGAGGCAGCAGCUGCAGCAGCUGCAGGACCAGCAGCGUUUGAUUUCGCAGCAGCUGGAGCAGCAGCAGCAGCUGCAGUUGCUGCAGCAGCAGCAACAGCAGUUGCAGCAGCAGCAGCAGCAGCAGCUUUCACUGGAGCAACAAGGGGGUGGUUUAGCACCACUACCGCAUGACCCCUAUUCUCAGCAGCAGCUGCUGCAGCAGCAGCAACUGCAGCACCAGCUGCAGCUACAGCAGCAGCAGCAGCAGCAGCAGCAGCAGCAGCAGCAGCAGCAGCAGCAGAUGAAGGGCCCUGAGGGUGUGUAUGAUGAGUCAGCAGAGAUGCUGUCUUCUUAUCUCGAGGCAGCCCCACUGAAGGCCGUUCCUUUGCAUGCGCCUGGGGCCCUGCAGCAGCAGCAGCAGCAGCAGCAGCAGCAGCAGCAGCAGCAGCAGCAUGUGCAGCCGGACGCUCUCUCUGCAGCAGCAGAAUGGCAUUCACAGCAGCAGCAGCAGCAGCAGCAGGGUUUGUCCCCGCAGCACUUUGUGCAGCCAGACGCGCUGUCUGCAGCAGCAGAAUGGCAUUCACAGCAGCAGCAGCAGCAGCAGCAGGGUUUGUCCCCGCAGCACUUGCUGCAGCAGCAGCUAGUGCAGCAGCACCUCGAUCGUAUAGGCGAGGGUUUAAACCCCCCUGUGUCUCCCCCUCUACCAUCUCCUGAAGCAGCAGCAGCAGCAGAAGCAGCAGCAGCAGCAGCAGCAGCAGCACCACCACCACCACCAGCAGCAGCAGCAGCAGCAGCAGGAGGAGAUACUGGAGCUAGCUUGCUGCUGCGUCGACCCCUAGCAGCAAUAGAGAACACAGAGCAGCAAACGUUGCUGCAGCAACAAAUAAAAUAA